GUGGCGGUGAUGGCGGUGCGUGAACGCGCGGCGGCAGCAAUGGCCGCUCUGGAGCGGCGGGUGCCGAGUCUCGAUGACUUCGCGGGACAGAGCUGGAGCUCGUGGGUGGAGCGGGCCGACCUGCCCGCGGCCGACGGGGCUGAGCUGGAGGAGAGUAGCAAAAACACAAAGAAGUUGGAUGCCAUGACCCUCAUUAAAGAAGACAUGUCCAUCUUCGGGCACUGCCCUGCCCAUGACGACUUCUAUUUGGUUGUGUGUAACCACUGCAGCCAAGUGGUGAAGCCUCAAGCUUUCCAGAAGCACUGCGAAAGAAGACAUGGGCCCCUCAGCAAGCUUUAUGCUCGGGCCCCACCCCCACCUCCAGCCCCUGCCAGCUCUCAGAAAUGCCAUGUAGUGAAUGGGCAGGGCCCAGCUUGUAGGGCCCAAGGUUCCACCAAAACCUCCUCCAGGGAGAAGGGCCAGGGGUCCCGGAACCGUGGCCACCAGCCUCCUGAGAAGACCCAGAAGGACAACCUCUGCCAGCCAGGCAGCCUCACCAAGGACUCCCUUGGAAAAAUUCCCAUGGCUCCCCCUUCUAAAGAACCUCCUGGCAGAGAGAGCAUCGAGAUAAUCCCCAAUGAGGGGUCCAGUCACCGGACCGAAGGCAGCCCUCCUGAAAAGGAGCCUGGUGGGGCCAGGCUGCCCCCCAAAACCCACCGGAAGAUGGCUCGAAAGGAGUGCGACCUCAACAGGCAGUGUGGGGUAAUAAAUCCAGAGACCAAAAAGAUCUGUACCCGUCUGCUGACCUGCAAGAUCCACUCUGUACACCAGCGCCGGGAGGUCCAGGGCCGGGCCAAGGACUUCGAUGUGCUAGUGGCAGAGCUGAAGGCCAACUCCCGCAAAGGGGAGUCUCCCAAGGAGAAGAGCCCAGGGCGCAAGGAGCAAGCUCUCGAGCGCCCCUCCCAGGAGCUCCCUUCCUCAGUCCAGGUUGUGGCAGCGGUGGCUGCUCCGAGCAGCACCUUCUCUGCUCGUGUCAAGCAGACCUACCCAUACUGUGCACUGCCCAGGUCCCGGGCCUCCUCUGAGAGUGAGUUGGAUGAUGAAGGCCCCUGUGGUGAUGGGGACCCAGGCCUGUUCCCUUUCCCCCUGCCCCGGGGUGGGGCCCAGGCCUCCAGUGAGGAGAGUGAGGAGGAGGGGACAUCUGACGACCUCCACCUCCCCCCUGACUGCCAUUAUGCAACCCGGCCCCCACGGCCACAGGCGUUCUGCACCUUUGGGAGCCGGCUGGUGAGCCCAGGAUGCUACGUGUUUAGCCGCCGGCUGGACCGGUUCUGUUCGGCACUCAGCUCCAUGCUGGAACGGCACCUCAGCUCACACAUGUGGAAGAAGAUCCCACCAGCGGCUGAACCUCCAUCCCAUCUUGUCAGUUCCCCCUUAUCUGCUCCCUUGAGCCCAUCCUCUAUGGGCAGCUGCCCCCGCCUUCCAGGCCCACCGCCUCGACCUGCCUGCCCAGCUUCCACGCCCCCCACCAAGGACAGCCUUGUCCCCAGCUACCCUGCAGGCUCCCCCAGUGUGGCAGCCGCCUGCAGCCAGGCGGAGUGCAUGGGCGGGAGCCAGGCUAUCACCUCACCACUGCCUGCCAACACGCCAUCCCCGUCCUUCAGCAAGCUGCCACCGUCCAAGGCCAGCAAGUCAUCCAAAGCCAAGGACGGGGCCGAGGUGGAAGCCCCUUCUCGAAAGCGGAAGUUAUCCCCUGGCCCCACCACUUUCAAACGGACCUGCAUCCUGGAGCCCACUGGAAAAGGCAAACCCUCUGGCUGCCGGGGUCUCUCGGCCAAGACUAAAACAGCCCUGAGCAUGGGGCUUAACGGGACAGUGGGGCCAAGAGUGAAGCGGGUAGGGCCCCUGGACUGUCGGGGUUCCCCUCAUCAGCCCCCCACACCGGUCAAGGCUUCUCAGCUGGAGAACCGGGGAGUGGCUGGACACCCAGCCAGGGCCCUGCCCACCAACUGCCUCUCUGAGGAGGAGGUAGCCAAGAAGCGGAAAAACCUGGCCACUUACUGCCGGCCAGUGAAGGCCAAGCACUGUCAGGCCAGUGCGCCGGCUGAUGUGGCCUGCUCUGUGCGCCGCAAGAAGCCGGGCCCAGCCCUGGCCUUUGAGGAGAAGUGCUCUACACUGAAGUCAAAAGCCCAUUAAUGAGAAAGUGCCUGCCCACUGCAACGGAGCCGCCAGCACCUCCUCCCCUCCAGAUCCGGGCCCCAGGCUGCUGCCGCUUUUUAUAACUUUAUAUUAUUUUUUUUAAGAAAAAAAAUUCUUUAAAAUACCUCAAGACUGUCUCCCUGUUCUGUUGCUGCUAAGAAAAUAUAAAAACAGAAACAUAGAAAAGGAAG